AUGAGCACUAACUGCCGAUUUUACGAGAACAAGUACCCCGAGGUGGAUGAGGUGGUCAUGGUGAAUGUCCAGGAGAUCGCCGAGAUGGGUGCUUACGUCAAGCUUUUGGAGUACGACAACAUCGAGGGUAUGGUCUUGUUGUCUGAGUUGUCGAGAAGGCGUAUUCGUUCGAUCCAGAAGUUGAUUCGUGUUGGUAAGAAUGAGGUUGCUGUUGUCUUGAGAGUCGACAAGGAGAAAGGUUACAUUGACUUGUCCAAGAGAAGAGUUUCUGCGGAGGAUAUCGUUAAGUGUGACGAGAGAUACAACAAGUCCAAGGCUGUCCACUCCAUCUUGAGACACUGUGCUGAGAAAUACGGUGUUUCUUUGGAGGAUCUCUAUCGUACUGUUGGCUGGCCCUUGCUGAGGAAAUAUGGCCACGCAUACGAUGCAUUCAAAUUAUCCAUCACAGACCCAUCCAUCUUCGAUGGCAUCGAGGCUCCAUCCACAGAGAUCUUGGAGGAAUUAAAGUUGUACAUCAGCCGUAGAUUGACGCCAUCUGCUAUAAAAAUCAGAUCGGACGUGGAAGUGUCGUGCUUUUCGUACGAGGGCAUCGAUGCCAUCAAGAACGCUUUGCAACAGGCCGCCUCUGUUUCUACUGAGCAGAUGCAAGUGAAGGCCAAGUUGAUUGCUGCUCCAUUAUAUGAGAUUUCUACGCAAGCUUUAGAUAAAAGCCAGGGUAUUGCCUUGUUAGAAAAAGCCAUCGAGAAGGUUGCCGAGGCCAUCGAGGCCAGCGGCGGUAACUGCAAAGUUACAAUGGCUCCAAAAGCUGUUAGUGCUUCUGAGGAUGCUGAGUUGCAGGCUCUUUUGGAAAGAAAAGCUGCUGAGGACAAGGACUCUUCCGACGAAGAGGACGAGUAA